CUCACCUUUGUUUCAAUUUACCUUGUCCUGGUCUGCUUCUGGGUUCUGGCUUAGUAAACCGUGACACUGUAUGUGCAUUUAAUACAGAUAAUAAAUCAUGGUGCUGAAAUCACUGUGCUGAACUGCUCAACUAACAAUUUAAAUGAAUCUGGUUAAAGUGAAGAUAUGUUUCUUUUUCUGACAGACUGCAUGACCCUUUGGCUGCUUGUCAUAUGACAUCACUCUCAGAGGACAACGGCAGCUGCAUGGUCUGAAGUCAAAAACCAGAUCUGCAGGAUCUCAGCCAGUUUGGUCACUGCUGUUUUAUUACCCACGCAUAGGAAAGGAGCGGGGAGUGAGAGAGAAAGGGAUAUUUAGAAGGAAGAAAGAAGAAUCAGGGUGAGGUUUGAGAGUGGGAGAAUACAGACAAUCUCAUUGGAUUAAGUGGGCGGACAAGGGCGGGAAACAGAGAUAAAGUAAGGAAAAAGAGGGAGGAGUUGUUGGGGAGGAAGAGUGAAAGAGAAAGAACAGAAGGGAGGGAAAGGGAGGGGCAGAAACAUGCUCAGAAGGGCUUCAGUGUGUUUGUAUUUGCCUUUGGCUCAGACAGUACAGGGAGUGGAGUGAGUGUUGGAUACAUACAUUCCAAAAGUAGCCGUUCGCGUCUAAACUAUUUCACCACUGUAUUGUUCUUCUAAUUGUCUAUUCUCUUUGCAUUAUUUUGGUUUUUGCGGAGCGUGAGUGAAAACUCCUUGUCGACACCAUGGAUAACUUCCAGACCGUCCUCCGCUUUUUCAUGAACCAGAAGGCCACCAUUGGCUACAGCUUCAUGGCCCUCCUGACCGUCGGGGGAGAGCGGAUCUUCUCCAUGGUCUCCUUCCAGUGCCCCUGCAACCACGACCAGAACUUUGCAUACGGCCUGACCUUCCUGCUGGGCCCAGGCCUGGUGCUGCUGGUGCUGGGUCUCUUCUUCAGCAGCAAGCUGUGGCGCCUCUACACUGGCUGUUGCCUCAACCCCAUGAAGCUGUGCCCCAGGGGCAACUGCUUCAACUGCCUCAAAGUGUUUGUCAAAAUCUUCUCUGGUGCCUGUGUGGCCCCUAUCAUGUGGCUGUGUGUGGCACUGUUGAACGGGACCUUCUACGAGUGUGCCGUCAGCGGGCUGGAUGAGAACCUGGUGGUGGAUCUGUUCUGUAAGAACAAGACCUUGAUGUGCCGGGAGGAGCUGGCCCGCGUGCCCUGCAGCAAGUCCAAGCUGCCCAGUGACGAGAGCAUGGAGCUGUUGUUCAUGUUCCGGGCUCAGUCACAGAUACUGGGCUGGUGUAUCAUCAUAAUUUCAGCCGUUCUAGGGCUCCUCGGGACCUGCUACACCAACUGCCGCUCGAAGGUCAGCUACCUGCAGCUCACCUUCUGGAAGCGCUACGUAGAAAAGGAGAAGGAGCAGUUCGACACAUUCGCUAUGGAGUACGCAUCCAAGCUGGCCGAGAGGAACCUAAAGAGCUUCUUUGAGAACCGUGACCCGGAAAUAUUCCCAUUCCCCAACCACAAGGCCUGGGAGGAGGUCUCCGCCCUCUACACCUUCUCCAAGAGUGAACAGUACUACAGCACCCUGCAGAGGUAUGUGGAGCGUGAUGACCGAGACUACAGCCCUGAGGAAAGACCAGUCAUGGAGCUGGAGCACGGCAUAGAGAUGAGCUGAGAGAGGGGGCGGAUAAUGGCAUAUAAAUACAUAUCAAGAGAAGAAUGCAGGUGUAUUUCCCGUACACUACAUUGGGACAUUGUUUGACCCUUUCUGUUGAAAGUGUAUGAAUGAUAGUGUAUCCUAUUUGUUAGACCUUUAUAAAUGACAUGCAGUAGAUUUAAUCUCACGGACUGAGGAGAAGCGUUGUUGACUGCAUUUCCCCCAAAGCACUGACAUCUACACAGAACACCAUUCAGAAAGUUAUUACCAGUGACACAGAAGUGAUUACCAAAGAAUGCAGCCAUUGCAGAAGUGGUAAAACAGUAGGGCUUCUUGUCUGCUGUAACCCACAGUUCGUGAGUGUUCAUGAACACUAGCUGAUUCAAUGUCCCUGUCAUAACAAACACUUCUAUUUGAAAAAGUCUCCUCUACCCCUCUUUAACAUGCCUUUGAGGCAUUUCAUUCCCUUUACUGAUAGAUAAUGGUAGGAGAGCUAUUGUAAAUGUAUAGUUUUAAUAGGGAAUUUUGUAUGUAAUAUUGCUCCACAAUAUGAAUGCUACAUGCAUGACAGAGUUGUAACAUGCAAUUUGCUUGAAAUGUUUACACAACUCAAUGUUAACAUAAUUAUGACAACUUCAGCACCACCUUAAAGUGUAUUUUUAUGGCAGGACAAGUGAAACAGCUCACUUUGUGUUGUAUGGUAAUAUUGGGAUAACUAGUAUUGUCCAAACAAUAAUUUUCGGUCUGCCUUUACUGCCGUCCUGUUCAGUUAUUCAUGUCAAUAGUAGUCAAUAACUCACACAUUAAGAGGUAAUAAAUCAUGUAUGACAUACGGGAUAUUCUCACAGGAUUCAACAAAAAAUGUAGUGGCCCCUGUUUUUUCCCCCUCCUUUCUAACAUCUGUAAAAUCGCUGACAUGUAAUGUGUAAGCACUAAAUAAACCUGUACAUAGAACCUUA